UCGAGACCAGCUUGUUUUAUUUAGUCAUUAGCCCUUUAAACAUAGUCCAGGGUGGAACCAGGAAGUGAAAAGUCAGUAGUUUCUUAACUUGUUGAGGCCUAAAAGCGGGAAAAACAGAGACUUGGGACUGAAGAAACUCAGAGCUCUCGCAGAAGGAUCAACUCUAAGACAUAAGGAGCAGGGGUUCCCCUGAAGUAAAACCCGUGGAAGCCCUCUGAUAUCCAGCCCUCCCAAGAUGGAACAUUUGUCAAGGCAGGAAUUAGAGGUUAUCCAUGAAAUUCCCCUCUACCGGCAUUUUGUGGAGAACUGGGCUCAGGUGGAAUCAUUCCAGGCCAGACCAGAUGACCUUCUCAUUUCCACCUACCCAAAAUCAGGCACAACCUGGAUUAGUGAAAUCGUGGACAUGAUUUACAAUGAUGGGGAUGAGGAGAAAUGUAAACGGGAUGCAAUUUUCAAUCGAGUCCCUUUCAUGGAAAUGAGCUUCCCUGGACUCCUAAGUGGCACAGAACAGCUGGCCACAGCGCCAUUGCCUCGGAUAGUGAAGACCCACCUCCCAGUUCAGCUCCUCCCUGUCUCUUUCUGGGAGCAGGACUGCAAGAUGAUCUAUGUUGCCCGAAAUGCCAAGGAUGUGGCUGUCUCUUAUUACCAUUUCUACCAGAUGGCAAAGAUGCAUCCAGACCCCGGCACCUUGGAUGAGUUCCUGGGGAAGUUCAUGGCUGGGAAAGUGGCUUAUGGAUCCUGGUACGAUCACGUCAAAGGCUGGUGGGAGAAGAAAAAGGCCUAUCGAAUUCUGUACAUGUUCUAUGAGGACAUGAAAAAGGACCCAAAGCGCGAAAUAGAGAAGGUGCUCCAGUUUCUGGGAAAGGACCUGAAGGAGGAAGUGGUGAAUAAAAUCCUCCACCAUACCUCCUUCCAGGAGAUGAAGAAGAAUCCUACUGUCAACUAUGAAAUGAUGCCAACCUGGGCUAUGGACCACACUGUGUCUCCAUUCAUGAGAAAAGGGAUUUCAGGAGACUGGAAAAAUUACUUCACCGUGGCUCAGAAUGAGAGAUUUGAUGCGCAUUAUAAAGAGCAGAUGAAAGGCUCGACAUUCAGAUGCCACAUGGAGAUAUGAAGAAAGGGCUUUCCUAUGUUUCA